AAAUGAGAGCAUGACCAGCAAACACAGCCACGAGCGCCACCCCUAUGAUUAUAUAGUUCUUUAUCAUUUCUUUUUACAUAAUCUCUGACAUGAUCGAAGGUCUUCUGUCCGAUAACAAUGUUGAUAUAAGCUUUUGGUCGUUUGAUGUGUCGACGCUUAGUGGAUACGUCCAAAUCAGUGAUGAGGACUUGUGGUAUGCCACCCAUCCACUCUCAUGCUGGCUGAGUGCUGAAAACUGAAUGUGGGCCGCUCUGCGGCUCCCACUACAGCUCCUGCCAUGGGGAAUACCGCCACCAAGUUUCGUAAAGCACUUAUCAGUGGAGACGAAGGCCUGGCCUGCCAGCUCUAUGAGAACAACCCUCAAUUUAAAGAGGCUCUGGAGCCCAACACAUCUUAUGGGGAGCCCUAUCAACACAACACACCCCUGCACUACGCCUCACGCCAUGCCAUGACUCGCCUCAUCAGGUCUUUCCUUUUCUCCAAAGAUGGCAACCCCAACAAGUGCAACGUUCACAAUGAGACUGCGUUGCACCUGCUUUGCAUGGGCCCACAGAUCCUGCUGAGUGAGGGGGCACUGCAGCCGCGGAUCAGCCGCCCCCAGGAGGAUGAACAGAAGCGGGCUGAGUGCCUCCAGAUGAUCCUGCAGUGGACCGGAGCCAAGCUGGACCAGAGCGAGUAUGAGAGAGCCAACGUCAAUGCCACAGACAACAAAAAGAGCACCUGCCUGCACUACGCGGCAGCGGCUGGCAUGAAGAACUGUGUCGAGUUGUUAGUGAAGAACAAUGCAGAUUUAUUCGUGGAGAACGAGGACAGGGAGACGCCGUGUGACUGUACGGAGAAACGGCAUCACAAGGAACUGGCGCUCAGUCUGGAGUCUCAGAUGGUUUUCUCUCAGGAUGCCGGAGCUCAGGAGAUAGAAGCAGAGUAUGCCGCCCUUGACCGACGCCAGCCAUAUGAGGGAUUGAAACUGCAAGACCUGCGUCGGUUGAAAGACAUGUUGAUAGUGGAGACGGCGGAUAUGCUGCAGGCUCCUCUCUUCACGGCCGAGGCCCUGCUGCGAGCUCACGACUGGGACAGGGAAAAACUUCUAGAGGACUGGAUGUCUAAUGCAGAGGACUGCUGCCAGCGCUCAGGUGUUCAGAUGCCAACUCCCCCACCGAGUGGCUACAAUGCUUGGGAUACUCUGCCUUCACCUAGAACUCCCAGAACAACUCGCUCCUCUGUCACCUCCCCUGAUGAGAUCAGCCUGUCUCCUACUGAUGGCCUUGCCCUGUGUGGGAUUUGCAUGUGCACCAUAUCGGUGUUUGAGGACCCUGUGGAUAUGUCUUGUGGGCACGUGUUCUGCAGGGCAUGCUGGGAAGGGUUUUUGAAUCUGAAGAUCCAAGAAGGGGAAGCACAUAACAUCUUUUGCCCUGCUUAUGACUGCUUCCAGCUGGUUCCUGUGGAGGUAAUUGAAAGCGUUGUCUCCAGAGAGAUGGAUAAGCGCUACCUGCAGUUUGACAUUAAGGCUUUUGUGGAUAAUAAUCCUGCCAUUCGCUGGUGCCCCGUAGCCAGAUGUGAAAGAGCCGUACGACUGUCUAGGCCAGGCCCUGGAGCAUCUGACCCUCUGAGCUUCCCAUUGCUCAAAGCCCCUGCUGUAGACUGUGGCAAAGGCCAUCUCUUCUGCUGGGAGUGUCUUGGGGAUGCUCAUGAACCCUGUGACUGUGAGACAUGGAAGAUGUGGCUGCAGAAAGUGUCUGAAAUGAAGCCUGAAGAAUUGGCUGGUGUGAGUGAAGCCUAUGAAGAUGCUGCCAACUGCCUGUGGCUACUCAGCAACUCUAAACCUUGUGCCAACUGCAAAUCCCCCAUCCAGAAAAAUGAAGGCUGUAAUCACAUGCAGUGCGCGAAGUGCAAGUAUGAUUUCUGCUGGAUUUGUCUUGAGGAAUGGAAGAAACACAGCUCCUCUACUGGAGGAUACUAUCGCUGCACGCGCUACGAGGUCAUCCAACAGGUGGAGGAACAGUCCAAGGAGAUGACUGUGGAGGUAGAAAAAAAGCACAAACGUUUUCAGGAACUUGACCGUUUUAUGCAUUAUUACACACGAUACAAGAAUCAUGAACACAGUUACCAGUUAGAAGAACGACUCCUGAAAACAGCCAAAGAAAAGAUGGAACAACUGAGCAAAGCUUUCAUUGGAAGGGAAGGAGCUCCACCUGACACCACCUUCAUUGAGGAUGGUGUGCAUGAACUUCUCAAGACCCGACGCAUCCUUAAGUGCUCUUAUCCGUAUAGUUUCUUCUUGGAGCCCAAAAGCACAAAGAAAGAAAUAUUUGAACUUAUGCAGACUGAUUUAGAGAUGGUCACCGAAGACCUUGCUCAGAAGGUGAACAGGCCUUACCUCCGCACCCCUCGCCAUAAGAUCAUCAGUGCCACGUAUCUGGUGCAGCAGAAGAGACGGGAGUUCUUGGCCUCUGUGGCUCGAGGUGUCGCUCCAAAUGAUUCUCCCGAGGCUCCCCGCCGCAGUUUUGCUGGUGGGACGUGGGACUGGGAGUAUCUGGGAUUUGCCUCUCCUGAGGAAUACUCAGAGUUCCAGUACAGACGGAGACACAGGCAGCGGCGUAGAGGAGACCUACUCAGACUGCACAGCCUCCGCAGUAACACCCCUGAACCGCAUGACUCCAGUGACAACACUUCAGAAACACAUGAGGGAGGCAGUACACAAAGACAUGGGAUCUCCAUGGCACUUGGGUCUCUGGAUGAGGAUGACCCCAAUAUUUUGUUGGCUAUUCAGCUGUCCCUACAGGAGUCCGGGCUGGCCUUGGACCCUGAGCCUCAGGAUGUGCUCAGUAACGAUGCCUCUGUAGGUGCCAGUGGUUCCUCUCUGCCCUCUAGACUGGAUUCUGCCCCCCAUACUGGGGAUCCCCCCCGAGCUUCCAGGAGCAGCUCUGAGCUUCUGGAGCUGGGAGACAGCCUUAUGAGACUGGGCAACAUUACCAGCCACUAUACACCCUUUAACAUGAAUUCCUACCCUGAUGCCUUGGGUAACGCCUUCACCCCUAGUGACCCAGACUGCCUGGACCCUUCCACCAAUGCCAACCUGCUUGGCAACAUUAUGGCCUGGUUCCAUGAUAUGAAUCCACAGAGCAUUGCACUGAUUCCCUCAGCCACCUCAGAUGCCAGUCCUGAGCCUCCCGUUUUUGGAGAGGGACAACCUGCCAAAGCCCAGGAUGAGGAGAAUGAGGUGGGGAGUCCUGAGCAGGGUUCCCUAUCGCUAAUGAAAGAGAGCGCAGGCAUGAUGGCAUCGCAACUUUUGGAACUAGAAUGUGUUGAUGAUGCACAACCUCCUAAAGCAGAGCCAGACUUGGAGGGUACGGGCAGCAGUGUAGAUCUCCCUAACACAGUUCGUCCUGAGAGCAGUACUGAUCAGGAUCUGCAGGUAACUGACCUCUCCUUAGAGUGGGAGGAAGAAGUGCACCUUGUGUGAGGAAAAAGUCAAAUUAUUGUUUACCAACUGAGUGCUCUUAUUGUGCCAAAACACUAAAUAAAAUCAAAACUGCACGUUCGGAAAUGGAGAAGAGUGAACAAGGUGCAGUGGGGUUAGACGGGACUUGGUUGCGUGUUGCAACAUGUCUGGUGGAAGAAACAAGAAAAUGUGGUCAGAUUCAAGGUGAUGAGAGAAGAGUGGGUCUCAUUCACUAACCGUAUUUGUGUGUAUGAAUGUUUUUGAACAGAAAAUUCAUUAAUAUCUUAGUACUUGGAUUUUUUUUCUACAUUUAGCAUAAAAUUUAGAACCAACUAAAACUGCACACGUAUGUAAAAAUCAGUCCUGGUGGCCUUAGAAACACGAAAUGGUUUAAGCCGAAAAGUUUUACAUGUAAUUGGACAUUUGAACAACUAAGAGAACCAAAAAUUUAGCAUUAAAAAAUUACAAGCAUUAGAUCUGGAAUCGGUUCUGCAUAAAAAUGUGUUAUUAUUUUGUAUUUUAAAAGCCAUUAAAUGGCUUGACAUGUUUAUGUAGAAUAAUCUGGAUUUAUUAACAUUAGAAAGACAGUAAGAUCAAAUUUAUGUGCAUACCUGUUGUGAGUAAUCAGGUGGAAAUUUUGUGUAACAACCUUUUUUGUGCACAUAAGAACACGGUUAUGAGUGAAUGUUGUGAAGUAUUAAAGUCACAAUGAAAUGGAAGUAGCGACAGAUGUUUUCUUCCAUAUUGCGGUGUACAUCCGAAAGAAAAAAAAAAAUUAGGUUGGGCCUUGGUUAUAACCAUUGUUGUGUUGACUGGAUGGAAGCAGAUCUGAAUAUGAGCUUGCAGUCCAUUGUAAGAAAUAGGUGAGGUUUAAGCGUGCUAAAUGAUUGGAGAAGUAAACAUACUUUUUUUUAAGAUUAAGAUUUACAAGGUGUUUGUUUCAAACCAAUCGAUGCCACUUUGGCAAUCUCUCGAAAUCUUGCUGUGGGUGGGUGCCAUGAGAGAAAGCUCCAUCUGUAUUAGAUUGGAAAUUCAUUCUUUCUUAUAAGUUCAAAUGAACAGAAAUUAAAUGGAUGAAUUUUUGACUUGACGGUUGUAUUUUUCUGAAAAGAAAAAGGAAUGUUUAUGUUCAGAAGAAGAUACAUGAAAGCAUCAAUCCAAUGUUUCUUGGCUCUUACAGUUACUGUGAAACAAGUGUGAGAUAAGAAUUAAGAUAAGAACGUUUUGCCUUUUAUGAGUUCUUUGCCCUAUUUUGCUUUUUAGUUUUACAGCUCUCCUAUUUAGCCAUGCCAAUUUGUUGCUUUAUUUAAAAACACUAAUGUUCUUUUCAUUUAAUGUAAGUCACAUUUAAUGCAAGUGCAGAGUGCACAAUGCACAUCUCAUGUUAUAAAUGAGGAGUGUUUUGAAAUCUUUGAACGGUUACUGCUUGUUAAAAACUUUAAAAACAGAUUGUCCUGCAGAAGACCUUGUUCGCUUCCAAAAGGUUACACUUCAUGUAAAUUUACACUCCUGAAAAUAUUAUGACAUUUAUUACCUUAUCUAUUGUGACUACUACACAAUACCUCUGAUUAUCCUGUGUUGUGUAUUUCAUUUGGGCUCAUUGCUAACGCAUAUAUGCAUAAAGACACUUCACAGGUCUUCUGAAGCAAUAGAGAGAUUACAACAGUACUUUUUCUUAUUUCGUUUGUGUGCCGAACUCAGUCAUAUACAUAGAAAGUCAUUCUCAUAUACGGCAUAUGUGGCCAAAGUGACACAUCUGUUAAAGGGAUAGUUCACCCAAAAAUGAAAAUUCUGUCAUUAUUCGCGU